AUGUCCCAGGAACCGUCGCCGCUUCCGGGGGACAUCCCUACGUCGAAUCCGAGUCACAUCCAUCGCCCUGUACCGCGCCGCCACUUCGAGAUGUCGACGCCGGCCUCCGAAGGCUCACAUUCGCCCACUCGUGGCGCCUCCUCCGACUUUGUUGCCCAGCUAGACGCGAAGCUGCGGCGGUCGCGGACCGGGAGUGGCAACGGUGGUGACCUGGACGCGACGUCUCGAACAAAAUCCUUCCUCAACAUGACCUCGUCAACACUAUUCGGGAUCUAUUCGGACGCUGGGACAGGGGACCGAACAGAGCCGCAGACGCCUUGGGGCACUGGGGCAGAGACGCCCGCCCGGUACGGAGGGGACCCAUGGGACAACAACCCGCUGGACCAGGCAGCACUGGACAAAAAGGGCGGAGAACUGUGGGAACGACCGCAACAGAAGCAGGUUCAAGGCGUAUGGGGUUACCUCCUGCUCAUCGGCCGGAUCCUCGCUCUCUUCGCGUUUGGAGUCGUCUACGGAAUUAUCGUUUCGCACCUCCACGACACGAGGAACCUUGCGCCGGUGCGGAUGCAGGGCGUGGAUCGGACGCAAUGGCAGUACUACACCGUCUGGGGCACCGCCGGGAUUGUGCUUGGUAGCCUACUGCCGUACGUGGAUCUGCUGUGGGCCAGAAGUCAUGUGCCGGAACAAGUGCGACGAAAGCGUGCUCCAUCACGCAGCAGCCCACUAGGCGAGCAGUGGAACCCCGUUGUUCGAAGCAUUGGCGCCUUCGUGGGGAUUGCAUUCGCGAUUCGCAAACUGCCCUGGACGUCGACCCUCCAAGUCUCCGUGACUCUGGCUCUCGUCAACCCAGCACUCUGGUACAUACUCGACCGCAGCAAACCCGGGCUCACUCUCUCCACCCUCGUUUCCGUCAUUCUCACGUCAGUCCUUCUCCUCGCAAAGCCAGACGUCGUGCCGCCGCCAGCGGUCUUUGCGUCCAACGCAACGCGCCUGCCCCCGUCCAGCGCCGCCGUCUUCACGGGCAAGCCGAGCGCUGAAGCCCCCCCGGCGGCCCUGUUCGCCGGCGUGGUGAGCUACGAAAGCCUAGGCGUUGCAACUUGGAUAGCCAGUGUUCUGUUCUGCAGCUGUAUCUGCUUUGGCAACAUUGGACGUCGUUUAGCAGUCCUGGACAACACACGAUGGUCGCGAUGA